AUGGCCGACGCUAUGGAUUUUCGUGCAGAUUUCAAAACCGAACGGGACGCACUCAGCGCCGCGGCCUCUAUAGCACAUUCACUCAGCCAACAGCUCUCCGAUUUGGAUAUUCAAACAACUCAGUUCGCUCCUCCCUCUGAUAUUGACACUAUGAUCCCACCUCUUAUUUUAUCCGUACCUCCGGAAAUUUUGGAGCCACUCUCUACACUUACAGUAUCUGAAAAUGCUCGAAACAUGAUUUUGGAGCGCUUUGGCCGAUUUGUCGCUGAACUACAGAAAGAAUACACAUCCGCCUACAGACAUAGUUGUAUGGAGGUUUAUCGUGUCACUGGCUCAAUCUCAGACAUGCAUGCCCUUCAUAAGGCAUACCAGGCAUUAUCCCAGAGACGAAUGGUUCCUACCAUUAAAUCUCAAGUCGACUUUAUUUUGGCAGAAGCAAAAAAGCACAGCAAGAAUCCGGUGCAGGAUACCAAACGACAUUUCAAUAGCCAAUUUACCCAUGUCCUUGAGAAAUAUUUCGAACAAAAUGGAUACCCUUCAAGUUUACAUCGAUCGGUAUUGGCACAGAAAUCAGGCAUGACACCGCGGCAAAUUGAAGUUUGGUUCCAAAACCACCGCAAACGAGCAAAACAGGAUGGAAAAAUUAUCCGCCGUCUUGACUCAGAUUUACCGCUCAAGCGAGCGCUUGAACUCCUAUCAAGACCUUUGCAGGUCUAUCAACGAUUGCCCCUGCCACUGGUCAAUGAGCCAUGCGGUACUUCCUGGGAGAACAAUAAACGUUGUUCGGUAUUCAAAUGUGAAACUUGGCAGGCCGAUACGCAGAGCGAGAGUAGUGAGGUAACCUCUGUUUUAUCUGAAACUGACUCUAUCGAAAUUCGCCCACCACAUGCAUUUCCAACUCGACGCAGUGAUCAAUACCCUGAUCCGUUCCCCACUGAUAAAGGCGCUUUCACAUUUCCCUCUCCUAUAUGGAGACGAACGCCAGCGACAACCUCAAUCAUUCCUACGGCGGUAGAUAUCGACGAUUUUUCCAGACAAUUCCAUAUGAAGCUCAACUUUGUCAACAAUUCAUGGAAGCGAGAUUGCACCCCAACAAAAUCGGAAGUUUUCUCUUCCACCCCAUGGUUUGCGCCUUUGAGGACCAUUCCCCCUUCUGCGCCUCUGUCUUCUCUCCAGCAGCCACGUUCUUUGGCGGGAGCAUCAACAUCAAUGCUGACCUCCACUAUCGCAAAAGACCCAUUUACUUUCGUCUUCCCAAAGCCGGGCCAAAUGGAGCAACGAGACGAAUCGAACAUUACUUGCAUCGUUAGAUUACCUGUUGGACCUAAGCAAUCAUCUUCCUCUGUUACAGAGCGCAUCCAUCGCUCUGUUGAUGCCCUGGAUCGAGAACGCAAAGGACUCCGGAUGCGCCCGCGUACUCCCCACAGUAGUAAACCCUCGACUUCCCGUCUUGACUCUCAUGGUGAAAUUGCAGGACGAAAAGGUACACCAACUUCUCGCCGUGGACCGAGUAAUCUCCAAACAUUUGGUUCUCGAACCUCGUCCUUCACCUCAGACACAUCGUCGUCGGACGAUACCUCCUCACCGUCAACUCCCCCUUCUUUCCCCGACUAUAAUUUGCAUCCAGAUCUGGUGGUCGGAUCCGACGACCUCGCGGGUAAUUUGGACAGUUACGAAGUUACCCCAUCUCCAUCUUUUGAUUUUACGCUUUCAAAAUUUCCAACCGAUACCCAACCGUCGUCUCCCCAAAUUUUCGAUUUGACCUUUACGAGUCCCAUGAAUACUAAUGCAGGGCCAUUAUCUUCCCGAACUUUUGACUUUAUUUUUCCAAACAAAGUGGCUGAUAGACAGCCUUCGGCUCUCCACCAAAAUCAUACCCCUCUAAUAUGUACAUAA